AUGGCGCCUAGGAUUGAGGCCAUAACCUUUGUCUCGGCUCAGAAUCACCCCAUCUUGAUACGCACCUACGGAACUCCUGAGCUGAAGUACCAUUAUCUUGCCCAUACCAGUCUCGACAUCAUUGAAGAACGGUUGACCGCGGCAGGCAAGAAUGCGGACAGUUACCUUGGUCUACUAUACUCCAUGGACGACGUGGCGGUCUACGGCUACAUGACCUCGUUGAAGGUGAAAAUCAUUCUUGCAUUAGCACUUUCAGACGCGAUUGUACGCGACGGGGACUUGCUGCAGACAUUCAGAGCGCUACACCUCGCUUAUUACCGAGCGGUCGCGAACCCUUUCCUCAAACUCCGCAGUCCAUUGGACAACGAUUCGAAGGCGCAAAACACAGCAGGGAAGUCCUCGUGGAAUGGAUUUCGCAAAUCAGUAGACGAUAUCGCGCAAACCGCCGCCGUCGCGUAG